GAGAGAGAGAGAGAGAGAGAGAGAUGGGGCUUAGCCUGGUGUGGUUGAUGGAUGUGUUUGUCCGGCGCGCCUACACUGCCGCCGGCCUCCGCUCCCACACCGUCGCAGUCGACGCCGACACCACCGUCCAUUGCUGGAUCUCGACCUCCCUCCUCCCCACUCCCUCCUCCGCCGGAGCCGACCCCGGCCGCGGAUCGAGGAGGCAGCCGAAGCCCCCGCUCCUCCUCAUCCAUGGAUUCGGGCCCCGCGCCACGUGGCAGUGGCGCAGCCAGAUCGCGCCCCUCGCCGCCCGCUUCGACCUCAUCGUGCCGGACCUUCUCUUCUUCGGCGGCUCCACCACCCGGUCCCCGCAGCGGUCCGAGGCCUUCCAGGCGGCCGCACUCGCCCGCCUCCUCGACGCCCUCGGCGUCGCGCCGCCGCGCCGGGCGAGGGUUUCGGUGAUGGGGACCAGCUACGGGGGGUUCGUGGCGUACCAUGUGGCGCGGGCGAUGGGGCCGGACCGGGUGGAGCGAGUGGUGAUCGCCAGCUCCGACUUGCUCAAGGGGCCGGAGGACGACAAGGCGCUGCUGGAGCGGGCCGGUGGCCGUGGAGACGUCGCCGAUCUUCUCCUCCCGCGGACCACCGCCGAUAUGAGGAGGCUCGUCCGCGUCGCCGUCCACCGCCCGCCUCGAUUCAUGCCGGAGUUCAUCCUCCGCGACAUGCUUCGGAAUCUGUUCAGCGAUAAGCUGGAGGAAAAGCUAGAACUCGUCAAGGGCAUCUCCCUCGCCAACAAAGACCAGUUCCAACUUACUCCUCUUCCCCAGUCCCUGUUCCUCGCAGCAAGUUCUGAUGAUUUGGGGAGAGGAUGAUCAGAUAUUCCCAGUGGAUAAGGCGUUCGAGAUGCAAAAGCGUUUCGGAGAGAAUGCGAGGUUGGAGGUGGUGCAGAAAACUGGUCACAUGCCGCAGAUGGAAGACGCCGGCAGGUUCAACAAGGUCGUCCUCAGCUUCUUAUUAGGUGCACCCAAGUCUUCACUGUAAACUACUACAUGGUGGUUGUGCUUGACGACUCUCACUGUCCAGAUAUGAUGUAGAUUAGAUUCUUUACUGUUUAGAAAAAUAAGCCCCGGGCUAUUUGCUGCAGGGUAUUCAGACAUGAGUUCCCUUUAGUGGUUAUGUAUGGGAAUACUACGCUAGUCUUCUUGCAAAGAUGGGAGAUGGGUUUGAAUGGAAAUUAUGUGUUGUAUUGGGGUUGAUGAA